AUGUCCUCGGUUACCCAAGACAAGAGUGGUGUUGGCCACGAGAAUCUCCAACAUGUGGUUAUCACAGCGACUUGUUUUGCAUUUAUCUUGUCUACUAUAGCGGUUGCAUUCCGAAUCCUCUCUCGAAGUAUCAAUGGAAGCGGCCUCUUUAUGGAUGACGUUUUUAUAAUCUUCGCUCUGCUGUUUGAAUACGGAAUCUCGAUUGCUGGCAUUGUCUUGCUUUACAAUGGACUGGGAACGCACAUCAUAUACGUGAAGCCAGAGCAACUCGUGGUGUAUUUAAAGACACUCUUCACCGGCUCAAUCCUCUAUACCGGCUGCAUCGGCUGCAUCAAGAUCUCUAUCUUAUUGCUCUACCGCCGACUAUUUCCCACUAAGCACAUGAAAGUUGCCGUUAACGUUGUUACAUAUAUUAUCGUUCUAUGGGCCUUUGGAGGUAUAUUGACCGGCUGCUUUGCUUGUAUACCAACAAAGAAGCUAUGGGCUCCGGAGACACCGGGCGGCUGUAUGGAUCUUGCCAAGUUCUACGUCGGACUUCAGAUCCCGAAUGUCUUGACUGAUGCCAUUAUCCUGUUCAUGCCCAUGCAUAUUGUCUGGAAUCUGCCUAUCUCCCGAGCACAAAAGCUUGGUCUCUCUGGAAUAUUUGUCGUUGGAUUGCUGACCUUAAUUUUUGACAUUAUUCGUCUCGUCGCGCUCAUCGACCUGUCCACUGCAGGAAAUGAUAUCACUUAUACACAAGUCAACUCCAGUGUUUGGACUUGUAUUGAGCCUGCUGUGGGAAUUGUCGCAGCAUGUCUAUCGAAUAUGCGACCCUUGUUCAAAGUUUUGCAUAAGAAAGUCUGGAUUUCAAAUAUAAGUCGGGGAGGAACUGACAACACUAGUCAGCAGGAGAUUGCCGGGGAAAAGCGAGAUUGGAACCAAGGGACAUCGAUCCUUAGUGAUGAACACUUGCGCUCUCAGACCUCGGACUCGCCAUCCCAGGAAAUCAGGGAAAUGGUUCCGAUAGACAAUCAUAUCCGAGCUGAGUGA